AAAACAAGUCGCACAAAUACACUGGAAGUCCAGCUUGUCAGUGGAGAUAAUACUGCAGGACAGACAACACGUAUUUUGCAUCUCUUGUAAGUCAACGAAAAAAUUUGCUGUAUUUCAGAAUGGCAAACAUUGUUCGAUUGGCGUUGCUCUUAUUGGCUGUCAUCGUGAGUUCGAGGGCCGUAUCACUGAUAAAGCCAAAGGAUAGAUGUCUGAAUGUCAUGUCUUCAAUGACGCGAAUUGAAAAAAAGAUUGAUGAUUUGGAGAAGGCUGUGUAUAAACAGUGUAACGCAUUGGCCAGACACUGUGCUGAACUUUACAAAAAGGGUUACACGACUGACGGCAUUUACCAGGUUGAUCCUGAUGGUCAAGGUCCUAUCAAAGUACGAUGCGAUAUGACAACAUCAGGAGGGGGAUGGACCAUCAUUCAAAGACGUGUCGAUGGCAGUGUUAGCUUCCAACGCAAUUGGAAAGAUUACAUGCUUGGUUUUGGUGACCAUCAUAGCGAAUUCUGGCUCGGUCUUGAACAUAUAAAGAGAAUGACGAACAUGGAAAGGAUGAUUUUACGAGUCGACAUGGGAGAUACAACAGGGGACAUGAAGCACGCUGCAUAUGACUUCUUCGCUGUCGCCUCCAAAAUGACUAAAUACAAAUUGAGUUUGGGAGCAUACUCAGGCAACGCCGGUGAUGCUCUCGUUCUACAUGACGGGAUGGAAUUCAGUACUCAUGAUCAAGACAACGAUAAAUCGGCUCAGAAUUGUGCACAAACAUACAAAGGCGGAUGGUGGUAUAAUGCUUGCCACAAAGCAAAUUUAAAUGGUUUCUAUUACCUUGGACCGCACACGUCUUACGCUGAUGGUGUGAACUGGCACCCAUGGAAAGGAUACAACUACUCGUUGAGAGAAGUAGAGAUGAAGAUCAGACCAUUUGUGUUUUAAAAGCUCGAAUUUACUGAUCAUUUAUGAUAUCUUAACUGGACUAUUAUCAUCUUGAUUGCAUUAGCAAUCUCGAUUAAUAAAAGUAAAAUUGAACUUACGUAUAAACUUAGACAGAUAAACAGCAAAUUAAAAGGAAUUUACAACAAAUAAACAGCAUUGAAAAAUAAAUGUGGUUUCUCAGU